UUACAUUGAAGCCGUCGGUGGAGACGGUUGCUCUGCUCCAUCAGACAGCGAAAAAGAGACACGCAGAUAGUGUAAAAGUGAGAAGGCGAGUGUAUCGGAGUUGUUAUUGUUUUCAUUACAAGGCGUGCGAAGAGUGCGAAAUGUUAUUGUUGUUAUUGCUACGCAGAAUGGCGCAAAGGAAUAGAAAAAGCUGAUAAAAACGGAACACAAAUUAAAGUAAACAAAAGCGGAGUGUAGUGCAAAAGUUGAACGGAAAUUGAUAAGCUACAAAUAAAUAAAUAGAUUAUCGCAAUUGCAACCGUUAUACCUGUGAAAGCGGCAUUAAAUGUACAGAAUCUCAACUGCAUUUGGAGCUAGCGGCCGGCGAGCAAUGUAACACUAGGAGCCGGAGAUUACAGUUACCAGAAUGUCUAGAUAGCAGUACCAGGAUCCCUAUCCCGAUCUCAACCAGCAGCCAGAUCACACCGAAACCCCAAAGAAAACUAAGAAAAUAUAAGGCAAUUUCUGGCUACACGAUAUGGCUCACUUCAGUGGCCAUCGACAGCCGGCAGAGGUGCCGGCACAUUUUAAAAAUCUCUUCACAAAUGGCCAGUUGGGAGCAGCGGAGGAUAACAAUAAUAACGAUCAGAACGAGCAGGAGAAUCGUCCGAAUAAUAACAAUAAUGAAGGACCUUCGGAUCCUGCCUGCUGGGUCUUUGGAUACGGAUCCUUGUGCUGGCAUCCGGGCUUCACAUACACCAAGUGCAUUACGGGGUAUAUAAGGGGCUAUGUCCGUCGUUUUUGGCAGGGCAACGUCACACAUCGCGGCUGUGAGGAAAAGCCUGGACGUGUUGCAACGCUCGUUGAGGACAAAGAGGGAAUCACUUGGGGCUGCGCCUAUAGAAUAACGGGAAGCACGGCACUGGAUUAUCUCAAGCAGCGCGAGUGCACACUGGGUGGCUAUGCAACGAUUGAUACCAAGUUCUUCCCGCGCGUCGCAUCCCAGGAUACGCCCUUCAGUGGCGAGGCAGUCGAGGUUUUGGUCUAUGUGGCCACGCCAGAGAAUAUCCAUUGGUUGGGCGAUGAUCCAGAGGAGGAAAUUGCCCAGCAGAUAGUAUCCUGCCGCGGGCCCAGCGGCCACAAUGCCGAGUACCUGCUGCGCCUGGCGUUGUUUAUGCACGAAGAAAUUCCCGGUGUUAGGGAUGAUCAUCUGUUUGAGCUGGAACGCCUGGUCUUAGAGGAACUGUACCGCCGCCAAAUACCUCUGUCGUCUGUGAUGGGCCGUAAUCCGGAUAGGAUACGGCGAGACUCCCACGAGGACAUCCGCCGACCACCAUCCUUUGAGUUCACCUCUCGUGUGCCAGAUACCAAGCUUCGUUGCCUAAACAUUUGAUUGUGGGUGGUGGUGCUGCUGGCCAGGGUUGGCGGACACACAGCUAGUGAUAUGCAGUCCGCGUUUAUUGCUACAGCAAAUUCCAAAUUAUUGAUCGACAUUUUAGCUUGUUAGGUAACCAGAGUCUAUCGCCAAAUUCGACGUAUUCUUUAAAUUGUAAAUAAUCCUAAUCAUAAGCAACAACUCCUCGAUAAGUGAUCUGAAUUAGCCAAUAAGCUAUGAUUAAGCCAGUCCGUAAGCACAAACAACUUUUUACACGCAAAUAUGUCAGGGAGUUAAAUUAAAACCGAAAACAAAUUAAUACAA